AUGCAUUUCUCACUCCCUCCCACCGUCUCAACGACAUCAUCAUCUCCCCAGCUCUCCGAAAAAUGGGCCCCAAAAGGCGCAUCUCCGGCUUCCUCCCGGGCGGGAUAUUUUACCCAUCUUCUCAAGCGCCGUAGAAGAGUUCUGUACCUUCUUAUUAUAGGGAUCUUCUUCACACUCGCGUAUCUCCGAUGGAAUGAAGAUGGUUACACACCCCGCCGGGUGGCAGUAGCGAAAGGUGCUAUACCGCCAGUGGUAUUAAUUGUGGCUCUGGAUAAGAAUUCAUUAUCGUCAGCGUACUCAAAAAGGAUACUGGAAAACCGGAAGCGUUAUGCUGAGAAGUGGGGAUAUGAGGUCUUCGCAGGGGAUUUGGGAGAUUAUGAGGCUGGCAAUGAAUAUCAAUUCAAAGAUGGAGCAGGGAAGCUUAGACAUUAUUCAAAGACUUUUAAUAAACUACCAAUAAUCCGAGAAGCCAUGAGUACAUAUCCUUACACGAAGACUUUCUGGUUUCUCUCGUCCGAUUCUUUAAUCAUCAACAUGGAUCUGGAUCUCGAGACACAUAUUCUUUCUAAGAAACGAUUGGGUAACUUGAUGUUACGCAACCAUGCUGUUAUCCCGCCCGAAUCGAUAAUAAAGACGUUCAAACGCCAGAAUCCCAAUGAUAUCCAAUUGAUUAUCACUCAGGAUACAAAAAGCGUUAGGAGCGACAGCUUUAUUAUCAGACGACAAAAGGACGAGAUGGGUUGGGGAAAGAAGAAGCAUAAGGGUGGAAAGAAGGGAGCGACUAUGUUUGGGUAUUACUUGCUCGAUUUAUGGUUCGAUCCAUUGUAUCGGUUUUAUCACUUUAAAGAGGGCGAAACGAGUGCUUUGGAACAUCUGAUUCAAUGGCACCCGACGGUUCUAGCCAAAUUGGCUAUUAUUCCGCAAAGAGUUAUGCUUUCAUACCCUGUCGCAGCUGGUGGAAACAGUCCCGCCAACAAGAAGAAAGGCGAUAAGGAUGCGAAACCAAAGAAUGAGGGCGAAGAGAUUAGAGCCAAAUACGCCGGUACAGGGUUUGAAUCUGGAGAUUUUGUGGUUCAUUUUGAGAAGUGUGGAGAUGUGGACAAGAAUAAGGCUUGCAUGAAAGAAUUUGAACGAUAUUGGAAGAUGACAGAGAAGUAUAAGAAACCGGAAAAGAAGGCCGGUAAGGCGAAGGGGAAGCCUGUGGCAUGA